AUGUCCGAAUUUGAACCUAUUUUGAUCUAUUUAGUGAUCAGUUCGCUAGUUUCUUUGAUUCCACUCGGUCUUCCUUUUCCAUUUUCUUCCAAUAGUUCGACCUAUCCAGAAAAAUUGUCGGCCCACGAAUGUGGUUUCGAUCCUUCCGGUGAUGCCAGAAGUCGUUUUGAUAUACGAUUUUAUCUUGUUUCAAUUUUAUUUAUUAUUCCUGAUCCGGAAGUCACCUUUUCCUUUCCUUGGGCAGUACCUCCCAACAAGAUUGAUCCCUUUGGAUCUUGGUCCAUGAUGGCCUUUUUAUUGAUUUUGACGAUUGGAUCUCUCUAUGAAUGGAAAAGGGGUGCUUCGGAUCGGGAGUAA